CGCUCACACCAAGACCAUCUCUCCAUUGACGAAGCAUCGCCUACGAACUGAGUGAAACAGCAUGGCAGCGACGGCAGCAACAACGGCAGCAGCCACAGGGAGCAGCAAUGCCUCCGCCCUCCUCGCACGUCUGCAUCCCGAACUCUACCUCUCCAACCAUCUCGCCCACUCCUCCCGGUCUUCUUCCUCCACCUCCUCCCCUCUGACCUUCCCGCAAGUAGACCUCAAUCUUGGCCCCAUCUCCUCCUCUUCUUCCUCGGCCAAUCGAACUGCAGGCAUCCCUUCCCCCUCGGCACUAGUCAAGUAUGGAUCCACAACGGUCAUUUGCAACAUCACACCAAGCAUCGUCUACCCUUCCGCUGCCGAAUCCUCCUCUUCUUCCUCCUCAUCAUCAUCUCGUGCAUCGUCAAGCUCAAGCUCAACAAUCAUCCCUUCGAUCUCACUCACACCACUCUCCUCUCCUUCGAACGAUUUCAAGUCUGGAGCGCCAUCCAAUUACGCUCAGGCGACGACGGAGAGGCUCUUCUCUUUCCUGGACGCAGCAAUGCCCUUUGAACCCUCUGUGCUGCAUAUACCCACCGAUCUGGUCGCAGCGGAUGACAGCGCGGGGAAGGAAGCUGUACAGAGUGGUAGCAGUGGUAGUGGUGGUAGAGUGAGAGCAAAAUGGACCCUCUUCGCUGAUUGCGUGGUGAUAGGAUUCGAUGGAGCGCUUCUGGAGACUUGUAUGCUGGCUAUCAUCGCGGCUUUGAGACAGGUUCACUUGCCGAAAGCCGUCUACUCCAUGGACGAGAAUGUAGUCAUCGCCUCGCCUUCUGCGGCCGACUACUGGUCCCUGAAGAGCAAGAUGACCUCUCUUCCCCUCGCCUUCAGCAUGGGCAUCUACAAAGGGACCCUCCUCCUCACUCCCUCCUCAUUCGAAUCCGACCUCCUCUCCUCCUGCAUCCAGCUCUCCCUCUCCUACCCGAACACUGCAGGAUCAUCCACCACACUGCAGCAGCAGAAGCCAGUGCUGAGCGCACUUCAUUCCACCGGACCUCUUUCGGCUACAAAUGUCAAGAAUACAUCCGCUGGGGGAGGAACAGGGACAGUGGGUGCUGCGGAAGAUGAGGACCUGAUUGCUGUAUGCGUACAAAUGGCCGCGGUCAAGGGGGCUGAGAUUGUGCGGCUGAUGGAGGGCAAGGAGGAAGAGCUGCUCAAGCUAGCACGCGGUGCUUGAACCAUCGGUCGAGGCACCAGUAGCGACACGCCGCUUGACACUCCAGUCUCUUCUUUCAGAAUAGACAGACACACAGUCGCAAUGCUAUCUGUGUAUGUUAAUUGUUCCUCUUCAGGCGCUAGCGUUGUUUAUGGGGUGACAAGAAGGAUCAGAAGCACGAGACGAGGAGAGAGG